AUGCCGCAGAAGAUCAUUGACAAAUAUCUGGCCGACGACUCCGGAAGUGGCCCCAAAACGCAUUCUCUAAGCUGUGUGAAGGCACAGAACCGUACCGAUAGGCUCAGUCACUCCGUUUUCAAGGAUGUCCUUAGCGGCUCAGAUACUGCGUCUCUCUGCCAACGCUACGCUCUACGCCUCUAUAACACAUUGGCCGAGUCCGAUAUCAGCGAGGAAUGGACACCUCUGCCAGAUCUCGUGGCCUUUGUACAAGGCGCUUUGACGCUGGCCAAUACUGAAGCUUUAUGGGGAACACACUUGACAGCAACGUCGAACUUUUGUAGCGAUCUGACCGGAUUCUUCAAGGAUACGCGAAUGUUUACCUAUCAACUUCCCCAAUGGCUGAUACCGAAAGCCUUCGCUCGAAGAGGUCGCUUACUAUCUGACUUGCAUCGAUGGCAAUCGUUUGCCACUGGCGUUGAUGGCGACGUUGCACCUUGGGAAGAUAACGAAUACGAUGAUGGAAAAUGGGGUUCGAAAAGACUGAGGAAGUGGCAGGCUGAUUUCCUGGAAAUGGACGAUGCUGACGCCGCAGGAUUAGCUUCAGUCCAUCUGACAUUUGCAUGGGCGUAA